CAUUUUCACCCCAUUUCCUGUCGGACGGAAUCAAGUAUUUCGGCCGUAUACGAUUGACAGUUGAAGUCUUCCGCAUUGCUAAAGACAGCGGGGUGUAAGAAGAAAACAACAGGUAGCUAGCUAUACAAUUUAGCAAUAAAAAAAAAAGCUGAGGCAGGGAUGCAUCCGGCAUCCAUCUGCAGUGAGCCACACUGGAUGUGAUAAGUUGGCGGGCCUUCUUCUGACCAGUGGGCGUGGCCAAUACCUGCAAGCAGCAGGUGUGGGCGCACCCCUUGAGUGGUGGGCGUUGCCAAAGCCCCUCUGCCUUUACUGUCAUUUGCUGUGACUGGAGAAGCAACCAGCUAGCUGACUGACCUUUCAUUAGUGGGGGGUGCCAGCCCAGCGUGAAGGGCGUGGCCUGUUAUGGAGAGCAUAAGUGGUAGCAGCGUGGACUCGAGAGCCACCCUUCGGGGCAUAAACACCACACCUCUCUCGGCCCGCAUAGAGUCUUACGAGGCGAGCGAGAAGAAGUGUAUCUCCGAUGUCAGGAGGACAUUCUGCCUCUUUGUCACCUUUGACCUCCUCUUCAUCACCUUGCUCUGGAUCAUUGAGCUCAAUGUGAAUGGAGGGAUCGAGAAGCGGCUCGAUAAGGAGGUUCUACACUAUGACUACCACGCCUCAUUCUUCGACAUAUUUCUCCUGGCUGUGUUACGGUUUGCAGCCCUAAUCUUGGCCUAUGCAGUGUGUAAACUGCGUCACUGGUGGGCCAUAGCGAUAACCACAGCAACCACAAGUGCUUUCCUGAUCGCAAAAGUCAUUUUAUCAAAGCUCCUUUCCCAGGGGGCCUUUGGGUACCUGCUGCCCAUCAUCUCUUUCAUCCUGGUCUGGAUAGAGACGUGGCUACUAGACUUUAAGGUCCUACCUCAGGAGGCUGACGAUGAGAACAGAUUUCUUUCUAUAAUGGACGCCCCUGAAAGGGCCCCCUUCAUGCACCCAGGACCACUUUCAGAUGGGCAGUUCUACUCCCCGCCCGAGUCUGUGGCAGAUUCUGAUGAGGAGCUGCUGGAUGACAAAUGCGACCCGGAGAAGGCUCUUAUUUAGCAGAAGUACCAGUGGGAGGUGAAUCACGUUUGAAGAUUCACAACUUUGAGUGACUGCAUCCAAAGUUACCCAAGUGCUCACAGCUGCUGCCCCAUCUAACCAUGGGGGAAGACAGCCUUACAACCACUGCAUGUUCUAUAUCCCUCCACUGAGAGAUCUUUAUUCCUAAGCCAAUCACCCUCUACACACCUGCUUCAUAUCCCUUCGCCUCUUCACUCAAGCUUCCAAACAGUUGUUUUUAAAGAACUGAGUACAUACUGUUAGUUUUUUUUGUUGCCAGAUAUAAACAAGAUCCUGAUGUGCUUAUUCUUGUGUCUCUUGCUGAUAUGUUUAGAAGCUCCGUGGCUCCAAAAUCAGUUCAGAAUUUGACUGAGAAGUCAGCAUGUGCAGUGUGUGCCAAUUUCAAGUGUGAACACUGGGCUGUUGAGCCCUAAGGAUGGCACUUGAAUAUAAAUAGAUUGCUUAAUAUCAAUAGAACAUAUGUUCAGAGUAAACUCCUUUAGACCGCUGUCAAGGGGGGAAAAUAGAAUAGACUACAUAACCAACACAGCUGUGCCUGCAUAUGUAAAAACUUCAGUCCGUAAUCUAAAUAUGUCCGAAUGCAUGACUUUGGGAACUCAAUGAAUGGGAAUGGAACAAAUUGUAUACAGUAUACUUUUUAAUCACUGGAAAGUGUUAUACCGUUUUGUUUUCUAAACUGACAUUUUGGAAGGAUAAGGGCAUUAUUAGCCCGGAAACUUCUUAGUAAACUUUCCACUUGGCUUUGCAAAAUGUAUCAAUAUACAAAUAAAAAAUGUCAGA